CUUUGUCUCUUCAGGCAGCCCCUCUGGGAAUAGCUGUGUGAGAAGCAGAAAUCAGCAGGUCUCGCUCCCCAAGAUUAUGUACCAGGAAAGACAGCCCCCUCCCAGCUCUCUUCCUGAUCAGCAUCCUCAACCAGAAGAGACCCUGGACAUGAACUCAGAAAAGCAUCAGUUGCAGAGGACAAACUCCCUAGAGAAACAUAAUUCUUCCUCCAAUCGUCAGGAACAACACAGACCUAAAGCUUCUCAAAGAAGAGGAUGCCUGACUUCCUGGCAUCUUGCUGCCGCUGUUCUUGGAAUCCUAAGUUUGAUUCUCCUGGGAGCAGUUGUGUUCUUUGUGUUAAAAUCUCAAAAGCAGCAGGAAAAUCUGGAAAACAUGGUCCGAGAAAAAGAAAAUCUCCAAAGUCAGCUUGAAAGCUGUGCUAAGGCCUGGGAUAUAAAAGGAAACUGGACCUGCAUGACAAAGAAUUGUUACCACUUCUCCACUAGAAAGGACACCUGGGUCAACUGCAAAAAAUACUGCUCCAUACUGUCUAAAGAUCUGCUGAAGAUAGACAGCAAGGAUGAACUGAUGGCCAUACAAUCCAAAAUGAAUCACUUUCACUGGAUCGGUUUAACAAGAGCAAGAGAUAAGAGCAGCUGGAAUUGGCAAGAUUGCUCACCUCUUUCUCUUGACCUGGGUCUGACUGAGUCAUCUAAUGAUAAUAAAUGUGCAAUUAUAAGUCCAUCAGUUGUCUCUGCUGUACAGUGCACAUCUAAGUUCUUCUGUCUGUGUGAGGAUAAUCAUUAAAGAGUCUCGUACUGAAAAGGGAAGCAGGUCAGAGACAUGAAGAUCUUUAUACUACAGUGUCUCCAGACUGGAAUUCCUUGAAAGUAUCAAUUUCUCUUCAAAAUCUUCAGAAAUCCAGCAAGUUAUCAAGUGAUCAGUAUCCUUUUCUCCUAUUCUUUAUUGUUUUUACUUUUUGCCUCCCCUUCUACCUGCUUAUGAAGUGGAAUAAUAAACACUGUACCAUGUUCCUAAA